AUGCUACCUGUCACAGCCUUAGGCGCGAGGGCGUGCCAACGAGUCGCUGCUAGGCAGUGGCAUCACGCAAGUGCAGGGGCAGUAUGCGUGGGCAGUGCAGAUUUCAGCAGCGAGUAUAACGGGUGCGUGCGAACAGCAGACCAAGGAAGUUACCUGCGGGCAGUUACGGAGCAGUUACGAGGCAGUUACGAGGAAGUUGGUUGUCUUUGUAGUGGGCUGUCUAGAGGGAAUGAAUCUGUCAAGGGGCAGUUUUAUGUGUUGGUACCUGUAAAUUGCUUGUGUGAUUAUUGUGCUGUGAUUGAUCCUUGGCUUGUGUUCUUGACUGCCGAAAUUGGCAUGGAGGCAAUUCGUGAGAGACUCACUCAUAUUGAAACUGUUCUGGGUCCCUUGACUGAAAACGAAAAUGAGAGUGUGAAUGACAGACUUGCGUAUGCGGUGGAAAUGGCAGAGAGGGCUGCGGGGCAGUAUGUGGAUCUUGCGGCAGAGGUAAGUAGCAAGAUACAAAUUCUGGAGGGGGAGAUUGCGGUGUUGAAAAAGGCAGUAGUGUCUACCCCCAUGGGUGGUGGCUCGUCCAAACCCAGAGUACCAGAACCGAAGCCAUUCUGUGGCGCAAGAAGUUCCAAAGAGUUGGAAAACUUUCUGUGGGAUAUGGAGCAGUACUUCGGGGUGGCCAGGAUUGCGGCUGACGAACAGGUAAACAUCACAGCGAUGUAUUUGAGCGGUGACGCGAAGCUGUGGUGGAGGACUUGGAUCAAGGAUGAUCUGAAUGCUGGGCGUCCUAAGAUUGAAACUUGGGAUCGUUUGAAACAAGAAUUGAAAGAACAAUUCUUGUCGAACAACACGUCUUGGCUGGCGAGGGAAGAUUUGAAGAAAUUGAAGCAAGACAAAUCGCUUUGGGCACAGGCUGAGUUGCGGAGGCAGAAUGUCAAAGACUUACCGUCUGCCAUUGCUGCCGCAGAUAGUUUGGUCGACUUCAAAAUGGUGACGAGAGAUGGUUCUGUUGCUGUUCCCUUAAAAUUCAAGACUAGGGAUAAGAGGGAUGAUAAGAGGGAUGAGAAGUUCGGUGGGGGAGGAUACAAGCCUGGGUUUGAUAAGGGAAAGGGAAAGCAGGCUGAUGUGCAACAAAGUAGAGACUCCAACAAGCCGAAUUCAGGUUGUUUCAUUUGCGGUGGACCACACUAUGCAAGAGAAUGCCCGAAGAAGGAAAGGUUGAAUGCAAUUCUUGUGGGUGAAAGUGAGCAAGAGGAGGCAGUCACGCACAUUAACCCAAUGCGUGUACUGAAUUGCUUGAUUGCGGAGAUGCAGGAUUCGGUGGCCGAAUCCAGCCUUGUCGAAACUAACUUAGCACGGAUUGAUGUGCUGCGACAAGGUAAGUUGGGUGCUGGGGAUACUCUAAUGUUGGUGACACAGCUUGGGUUGCGCUUGAGUAACAGCCAGACGUCGAUGAAGGCAGUGAAUGCCAAGGCGCAGCGGAUACUGGGCAUGGCCUAUGGCGUGCCUGUGGUGCUGGAUAAGUGGCAUGGAAAGCAGGAUUUGCUAGUGGUGACACUUGACGAUUUCGACGUCAUUCUUGGCUUAGACUUUCUGAAGAAAGCCAAGAUUGCGUUGAUGCCUCAUCUGGAUGGGAUUCUGCUUGCGAAUGACAAGGCCUUGAAGAAGGGUGGGGAAGUGUUCUUGGCAGUAACCGUGACUGAGGAGUCAGAACAGGCUGGGUCAGUGCCUGAUGUUAUUGCUAGGCUGUUGGAGGGGUAUAGGGAUGUGAUGCCUCCAGAGUUGCUGAAAAAGCUUCCACCAAGGCGGGCUGUUGGAGGGAAGAAGGCAGAUGGUAGCUUGCGGAUGUGUGUGGAUUAUCGCGCAUUGAACAAGGUAACGAUCAAGAACAAAUACCCUGUGCCGCUGAUUCAAGACUUGCUGGACAGAUUGAGUGGGGCUUCUGUUUUCACAAAGCUGGACUUGAGGUCUGGAUACUGGCAGGUUAGAGUUGCUGAGGGGGAUGAGCACAAAACAACUUGCGUGACAAGGUAUGGGUCAUACGAGUUUAUGGUGAUGCCGUUUGGCUUAACCAACGCUGCAGCUACUUUCUGUAAUUUGAUGAAUGAUGUGCUUUAUGAGUUUUUGGAUGAGUUUGUGGUCGUCUAUCUAGACGAUAUUGUGAUUUUUAGCCGAUGUAUGGAUGAACAUGUGGUGCACUUGGAUAAGGUGUUGCGUAGACUAAAAGAACAUGAUGUGUUUGUGAAAAAGGAGAAGUGUGAGUUUGCUUGUUCCGAGAUUACAUUCUUGGGGCAUUUGGUGAGUUUUGGGCAGGUUCGGAUGGAUCCGAAGAAGGUGCAGGCUAUAUGGGAUUGGGCAGCCCCGUCGACGGUGCCUGAGCUGAGGUCAUUUUUGGGCUUGGCGAAUUACUAUCAUCGGUUCAUAGAGGGUUACAGCAAGAAGAAAGCUUUUGAGGUACACACUGGUGCUUCGGACAAGGCAGUAGGGGGUGUUCUAGUGCAGGAGGGUCAUCCAGUGGCUUUCGAGAGUCGAAAGCUAAGCGAGGCAGAACAGAAAUAUUCCGCACAUGAGAAAGAAAUGGCAACCGUGGUGCAUUGUCUUGGUGUGUGGAGAGUUUAUGUGUUAGGGCCGAAGUUUGUGGUAAAGACAGAUAAUUUGGCUAAUACUUUUUUCAAGACUCAGAAGAAGCUGUCGCAGCGGCAGGCUAGGUGGCAGGAGUUCCUGGCCGAAUAUGAUUUCAUGUGGGAACAUAAGCUGGGGCGACACAAUCAGGUUGCGGAUGCAUUGAGCAGGUGUGAGGUGCUUGCUAAUUUGAUUGCGAUGGAUCAUGUUGAAUCCGAUAUGCUGGAUCGGUUGAGGCAGGCUGCCGUGGAAGAUGCAGCCUACGUCAAGCUAGUUGAUCUCGUACGAGAGGGGACCGUGCGAAGAUAUUGGCUGGAUAAUGGCCUUCUCUAUGCUAAAGGGGGCCGAAUCUAUGUUCCAAGUGGGAAGUUGAGGAAACACUUGCUGGCUGAAACGCAUGACCCGCAGUGGGUUGGUCAUCCAGGACGAGAGCUUAUGUUGGCUCUCCUGGCAGAAACCUAUUACUGGCCGAAGAUGGAGUUUGACGUAGAGCUUUACGUCAAAACUUGCUUGGUGUGUCAACAGGACAAGGUGCUGAGGCAGAAGGAAGCAGGGUUAUUGCAGCCUUUGCCGAUACCCGAAAGGCCUUAG